AUGAAACUUUUAAGCUGGAACUGUCAGGGUCUGGCCAACCCUUGGACAGUUAGUGCUCUCCACUCUCUUUGUUGGAGGGAGAGGCCGAAUAUUGUCUUUCUGAUGGAGACAAUGGUGGAUAUGACUGUUAAUGGUCAUUCGGGGGGUAUUGGCUUGUGGUGGCGUGAUGUAGAUGUUUCAGUCUUGUCUUUCUCUGCUCACCAUGUACAUGCUGUUGUGUUAGAUGAGCAAAAAAAUCCGAGCUGGGAUGCUGUGGGGAUUUAUGGUUGGCCUGAGACGGGCAAUAAGCAUUUGACUUGGCAGUUGUUGCGAAAUCUACGACUUCAGUGCAAUCUUCCUCUGCUGUUAUUUGGUGACUUUAAUGAAAUUGUGAGUAUGGAGGAAAAAGAGGGUGGGGUUCCGCGUAGUGAGCGCUUGAUGGAUGCCUUCAGGGAGGUUAUUGACGAUUGUGGGGUGAAAGAUUUGGGUUUUAAGGGUUGCAGGUUUACUUGGCAGAGGGGGAAUUCACCUUCUACGUUGAUUCGGGAAAGAUUGGAUCGUAUGUUAGCAGAUGAAGACUGGUGUACUUUAUUCCCUUCUUGGGAGAUGCUUCAUCUUCCACGGUAUCGCUCUGAUCAUGCACCACUAUUGCUGCGUACGGGGAUUAAUGAUGUCUUUCGUCGGGGGAAUAAGUUGUUUAAAUUCGAGGCUAUGUGGCUAUCUCGGGAGGAGUGUGGUAAGGUGGGGGAGGAGGCUUGGUGUGCGUCGGGGGGUGAGGAAAUUUCGGUGCGGUUGGAGGGGGUGUCCAACCAGUUAUCUUCAUGGGCUUCAAAAACUUUUGGUGAUUUGAAGAAGAGGAAAAAACGAGCUCUUUCUCGGCUCAAUGAGUUGCAGCAAUGUAGUCCAGAUGCUAUGAUUUUAGAGCGCUGCAAUGCCGUGGCUUCGGAUCUUGAUGAUAUUCAUCGUCUUGAGGAAUCAUAUUGGCAUGCUAGAGCGCGUGCAAAUGAACUCCGGGAUGGGGACAAAAAUACCAAGUAUUUUCACCAUAAGGCUAGCCAACGUAAGCGACGAAAUUCUAUAAAUGGGUUGCUUGAUGAGAAUGGAGUGUGGAAAAAAGGUAGAGAGGAGAUUUGUGACAUUGUGCACCAGUACUUCGCGGGAUUAUUUGCAUCUGACAGCCCUGCGGCUAUGGAUGAGGCAGUUGAGGGGCUGGCUCCUUGUGUGUCUGAUGAGAUGAAUGAUUGUUUGGUGUCUCCUCCUACUGGAGAGGAGGUUCGUGAGGCUCUCUUUGCGAUGCACCCUAAUAAAGCACCAGGUAUUGAUGGUCUUCAUGCUUUAUUUUUUCAGAAAUUUUGGCAUAUAAUGGGGGCAGAUAUUACUUUAUUUGUCCAAGACUGGUGGCGUGGUGGGGUGAAUUUGUCUGAUUUGAAUAGAACGUGCAUUGUUCUGAUUCCGAAAUGUGAAAACCCGAGGAGUAUGAAGAAUUUUAGGCCAAUCAGUUUAUGUACGGUACUGUAUAAAAUUUUGUCUAAAACGUUGGCUAACCGUCUGAAAGUAUUACUCCCAUCUAUCAUUUCCCCGAACGAGAGUGCUUUUGUUCCCCGUCGUUUAAUUACUGAUAAUGCGCUUGUUGCUUUUGAGAUUUUCCAUGCGAUGAAGCGCACUGAUGUUCGUGGGGAUGGUGUGUGUGCCUUGAAGCUGGAUAUGAGCAAGGCCUAUGAUCGAGUGGAGUGGUGUUUUUUGGAGAGAGUGAUGGGGAAGAUGGGUUUCUGUUCUGAGUGGAUUUCUAAGAUUAUGGCAUGUUUGUCUAGUGUUUCGUUCACUUUCAAGGUGAAUGGGGUGGUGGAGGGGUCACUUGUGCCAGCUAGGGGUCUCCGUCAAGGUGAUCCUAUCUCUCCAUAUUUAUUUCUGCUGUGUGCUGAUGCUUUCUCUACCCUUCUAUCUAAAGCAGCGAUCGAGAAAAAGAUCCAUGGUGCUAAAAUUUGCAGAGGAGCUCCCUUGGUGUCUCAUCUUUUCUUUGCCGAUGAUAGCAUAUUGUUUACUAAAGCUUCCGUGCAAGAAUGUUCUGUGGUGGCUGAUAUUAUCAGUAAAUACGAAAGAGCAUCGGGACAGAAAGUUAAUCUAAGCAAAACGGAGGUAGUUUUUAGUAAAUGUGUGGAGUCUGAUCGUCGUAAUGCUAUUGUGAGUGUGUUGGGUGUGCAGGAGGUUGAUCGGCAGGAGAAAUAUUUGGGUCUCCCCACCGUCAUUGGAAGAUCGAAAAAAGUUACGUUUGCUUGUAUCAAGGAGCGUAUUUGGAAAAAGCUACAGGGUUGGAAGGAGAAAUUACUUUCUCGUCCAGGUAAAGAGCUCUUGAUUAAAUCGGUGGCUCAAGCCAUACCAAUAUACAUGAUGAGUGUGUUUUGUCUUCCGAGCGGACUUGUUGAUGAGAUCCACUCAUUAUUGGCACGGUUUUGGUGGGGGUCGAACGGGGUUGAGAGGAAAAUGCAUUGGCAUAGUUGGGACGCAUUGUGCCUUCCAAAGUCGAUGGGUGGGCUGGGCUUCCGCGAUUUGCACUGUUUUAAUCAGGCGUUACUAGCAAAACAAGCAUGGCGACUUUGUCAAGAUAACUCCUCUUUCCUUCAUAUGGUGUUGCAAGCCCGAUACUACAAAGAUGUGGAUUUCUUAGAGGCCCGUCGGGGUUAUAACCCAAGUUUCACGUGGAGGAGUAUCUGGGGUUCUAAAUCACUGUUAUUAGAAGGCCUAAAGUGGUGUGUGGGUAAUGGGGAGAGCAUUAGGGUGUGGGAGGAGGUGUGGAUGAUAGGGGAGGGGGCUGCGGUUGUUCCUACUCCUAAGGUUGAUAGCAACAUGCAGUUACGGGUAUGUGAGUUGAUUGAUUUUGCUAGAGGGGGGUGGAAUGUUGAUGUGGUUCAUAGUACUUUUAUCGAAGAAGAGUGGGGUGCUGUUCUUAAUAUCCCCUUAUCUCGGUUUUGGCCACAUGAUCAUAGAUAUUGGUGGCCGUCCCGGAAUGGCUUCUUUUCGGUCAAGUCAUGCUACUGGUUGGGAAAAUUGGGUCAUCUACGGGCUUGGAGACUGCAGUUCGGAGAACGUGAGGUACCCUUGUGGCGUGAUGUGUGGCGUGUGCAUGGCCCGCCAAAACUCAUCCACUUUCUUUGGCGUGCCUGCAAGGGCAGCUUGGGGGUAAUGGAAAGACUUCAUAGUCGACAUGUAAGGGAGAUGGCUACGUGUCCGAUUUGUGAUGACCCUUGUGAAACUAUUUUUCAUGCUCUCUUCCAGUGUAAGCAUGCGAAUUCGGUGUGGCAGGUAAGUCCUUUUCGGCACCUUCUUGAUAAUCUCCCUCACUCCUCCUUUGAUGUGGCCUUUUCGUGGUUGAAAGAGCACUGCUCCUGUGAUGAGUUUUGCUCGAUUUGUGCAAUGUUGUGGGCUGUGUGGUAUUGUAGGAACCAACAAAUUUUUGAAAACAAAAUCCUUGAUGCAUCUUCGGUGGCUGGGAGCUUUGUAAAGCUUGUCGCCGAUUACUGCUCCUAUGCGUCGAGUGUGUUCCGGCCACUGGGCGGGCUGCCGGGCUCGAAUUCCACUUGGACCAAACCUCCUGCGGGUGUUUUGAAGGUGAAUUUCGACGCGCAUAUUAAUCCAAAUGGCGAGGUGGGGCUGGGUGUGGUGUUUCGGGGAUCUAAUGGCUGUGUGAGGAUGAUGGGUGUACGGCGGACGGUAGCGCAAUGGGAUUCGACCACUGCUGAAGCCAUGGCAGCUUUGUACGCUGUCGAGUUAUCUCUUCGGUAUGGCUAUGACCGAGUGAUUUUUGAAGGUGAUGCGUUGAUGGUGAUAGGGGCUGUGAAGAGGCAAGCUGCUGGUGCCUCUCCUCUUUAUCAUAUUUUUAAUGACAUUAAGAAGUUAUGUUUAAAUUUUGAUGUUGUUUCUUUUUCCCAUGUAAAACGAGCGGGCAAUGCUGUGGCCCAUCUGUUAGCUCGUUGGAGCUGUGAGCGCAAUUCUGAACUUGUAUGGUUUGGUUCUUUUCCCCAAAGUAUUUCUACUUUGAUGGAACUUGAUUUAAUUUAA